CCACGCUAUCACUGGCCUCUUAAAGGAUUAGUCCAACCAUCAACCUUUCGUCUGACCGACCGUCUGCCCUAAAAAGGAUCGCUGGGUUUGGCUCCCUUUAUGGGCAGAUCCCUCUCAUCCGGCCUUUCGCUGAACCCCACCGAUAUUGACCCACUGGACCGUUUGGCGCCUCCUGAGUCGCCUCUUGAGGCCUUACCUUGUUUCACUCCCCUCCAUCUCUUCCUCUCCCCUACAAUCAUCCCACCCCACAAAGUCUUUGAUCCGAUCCGGUCUCUCCCCCCUCAAAAGCGUUGGUCUUCCCACGAACACCCUUUCAAAAUCCAUCUUCUCCAGAGAGAAAUGGCGCGUCAACAGUCUCUUGACUCAGAACGACCCAUCAUGACUACCUCGAACCGAAACUCCAAGCGAUUCUCCACCGUCAGCGGAAGCCCGUCGCUAGCUGCCUCCGAACGCACGAUUGGCAGUCUGCCCAGCGGCGACCCCAGAGUCGCCGAUAUCCACCACCUCGGCGAUGGCCUGGAGCGCCUUGAGAACAAGCCCCUUCAGGCACAACGCUUCGUGCCCACCACAGAGAAGUCCGACAACUUGAACAAGCUGGCCCUCGGUGCCAAGGUGGAGCGCGCUCUCGGACGAAGGAUGACUGGCCAGGACGCAGUCAUGCGCAAGCCCGAGUUGAACGAAAAGGCUGCCGCAAACACCUCUACCUAG